CUUCCGCCCUUUGUGACUCAUUGUGUCUUUCUAGGCGUCCGGAGGGCCUUGGGUCUCGUCCUUCCUCCUCUCGUUUCUCCCGUCUCCAGGGGUCUGCGCUCCCUCGCCUGUCACCCUGCCCAGAGCUGCCCCUGGGUCUGCGGAGCAGUGCAAGAAAAAAAUCCUCAGAUAUCUCCCGUGUCAGUCUGCCCGACAGAUUCCAACAGAGUGAGGACGAACUCUGAACCUGAAUGAUGACUGCAGAAUCUAGGGACGCUGCAGUCAUGACCCCUCAGGCUAUACAAGAUAAAGAGGGACUUGUGAUAGUAAAGGUGGAAGAGGAAGAUGAAGAAGAACAUCUCUGGGGCCAAGAUUCUAGCCUUCAAAGAAGCAAUAGCCCUUCUGAUCCAGAGAUUUUCCGCCAACGCUUCAGGCAGUUCUGCUACCAGGAUACUUCUGGGCCGAGGGAGGCCCUUGGUCGCCUCCGGGAACUUUGCCAUCAAUGGCUAAGGCCAGAGAUGAAUACGAAAGAGCAGAUCCUAGAACUGCUAGUGCUGGAGCAAUUCCUGGCUGUCUUGCCUAGAGAGAUCCAGACCUGGUUGCAGGAGUACCGUCCUGACUGUGGAGAGGAAGCAGUGACACUGUUGGAGGAUCUUGAGCUUGAUUUAUCAGGACAGCAGGUACCAGUCCGUGUGCAUGGACAUGAAAUGCUGUCCCGGGAGAUGGUACCACUGGGAGCAGCACCUGGAUCUUCAAGCUUUGAAUUCCAGCAUCGGACACCCCAGAUCAAGCAUGUAACACGAAAGCCAAGUCUUUUACAACAGAGUGCUUACCCUACUUCCCAUGUUCCUGUUUCCCAUGAGAGGAGUCCUAGAGACCAGGCUGUUACCUCUGCACUAUUCACGGCAGAUUCCCAGGCAUUGGUAAAAAUCGAGGACAUGGCUGUGUCUCUCAUCCUGGAGGAAUGGGGAUGUCAAAACCUGGCUCGGAGGAACCUCUGUAGAGAUAACAGACAGGAGAAUUAUGGGAACAUGUUCUCUCAGGGUUGUGGAAGCAGGUCAACCAAUGAGGAAUCCACUUCAAAGGAAGAUAUUUCGGAAGCAGCAGCAUCUCAUGGGGAGAUAUCUGGAAGAUUCCAAAGGGAAUUUGGAGAAACAUGUGAACAGGAAAGCAGGUUAGAAAGGCAACAGAGAAACUUAGAAGAGAAACUGAAACUAGAAAAGACAGAGUUUAGACAGAUGACAGUCAAGGACAAGAAAGCACCCACAGGGGAGCGAGGCCAUCGAGAGAAAGGCAAAGGAUUGGGGAGAAGUUUCAGUCUGAGUUCAAACCUUGUUACACAGGAAGAAGUUCCUACAGGAACAAAAUCCCAUAAAUGUGAUGAAUGUGGCAAAUGCUUUACAAGGAGUUCCAGUCUUAUUCGACAUCGGAUAAUUCACACUGGAGAGAAGCCCUAUGAAUGUAAUGAGUGUGGGAAAGCCUUCAGUCUUAACUCAAACCUCAUUCUUCAUCAGAGAAUCCACACUGGAGAGAAACCCCAUGAAUGUAAUGAGUGUGGGAAAGCUUUUAGUCAUAGCUCAAAUCUUAUACUACAUCAGAGAAUCCACUCUGGAGAAAAACCUUAUGAAUGUAAUGAAUGUGGCAAAGCUUUUAGUCAGAGCUCAGACCUUACCAAACAUCAGAGAAUCCACACUGGAGAGAAGCCCUAUGAAUGUAAUGAAUGUGGCAAAGCUUUCAACCGGAAUUCAUACCUUAUUCUUCAUCGGAGAAUUCAUACCAGAGAAAAACCAUAUAAGUGUAAUAAGUGUGGGAAAGCGUUCACCCGAAGUUCAACUCUUACGCUACAUCACAGAAUUCAUAACAGAGAGAGAGCGUCUGAUUACAGCUCCACCUCACUAGAUGCAUUUGGUGCAUUCCUGAAAAGCUGUGUAUAAAGUGAAAUUUCCCAUUACCUUCCAUAAUUUCAUAGAUGUGUGCCCAUGGGAAAAAUAUUUGGCCUCUAAUAUAUAAUCAAAUCACACUUUAAAAAGUACAUCAAACAGCAGUGCUGCCUUUGUCAGUAUAAUCUGUGGGCAUUUACUUCUCCAACGCAACCCUCUGCAAAAAAGGUUAGUCAGAUAGAUGAUCUUACUUAAGAAUACAUGCACACAUUAAGAUAAACACCAGACUUUUUGGGAAUGAGGACACUUAUAAGAAGCUAGUCAAACUUGUUGAUUCAAGGGAUCCCUGUCUGCAGCCACCGAUGUAAUUGAAAUCCACCGAGCUUGAGAUUUGUAUCCCCGGUGCCUAGCACAGUGCCUGGCACAUAGUAAGUGCUUAAUGGAUACUUGUUGCUUAAUUGGCUUAAACUGAGAUUAGGCAGUUUUUUUCUGCAAAGCAAGCAGUGCUUGCCCAACAUCUUUUUGUACAUCAUGACCCAUAGGAUACUUACAGAAUCCUGGCCUGGGGCAUGCUGCUACAACUAAAACAUGAGUAAUCAAAGGUGGGAUGCCAAAGCUGAAGAGAUCUAAGGCUAUGCAGAUCAAAACCAAACCAAAGACUUCUAGCUCUUCCUGAAGAGUAUGUACGGAUGACUCAACUCAUAUCUCUCCAAAAGAGUGUAGUUGACUCCAUCCUUAUCACAGAGAAAUUCUAUAGAAAUGACAGUACUCUCCCUUUUCUGAACUCCUAUAGUGCUAUAGUGUUCCUGUAGUCUUAUAUAGAAUUUAGCUUUUGAUUGUAUACUGUCUUUUAAUUGUCUCAUGAAUGUAGUAAAUCUUACCUCCCCAACGAGAUUCUAAGGAACUGAUCUCCUACCUAAUAGCCUUAGUAAGAACUGAUAGGAGAUUAUUGUUUGAUGACAUUAUUCUGUUCCUUGCUAAAUAAGUACUCACUGACUUCUUAACAGGACUCCCAAACUGAAGCAUGAGUCCUGCUAAAGUAGAACAACCCAGCCUAAUUUCUGCAGAAACCACCACUUGUUGCCAUGUAAAAUUCUAAAACUCUAUAGAAUGCUAUUCUCCCUGAGCUCUUUAAGCAUAAAAGGAAGGUACCGCUUGCCUGCGUACUUAAAAUCUUUUAAAAUACAUAAAGUGUUAGCUAAGUGGCACAAGAUUUCAGAGGCAUCAUUAUCACCUUUAAGAAGUUAAUUGAAACAAUGACUUUGACUCCCUUUGGUUGCUGUGACUGGUAAAAUCCUAGCCAUGCAUCUCUCACUUUAGCUCCUGCACAGCAUGGCCAAUUGGGUGCCCUCCAGAUGUAGUCAGACAAGUGGGACUAUCGCCUCUGUACUAAAUUCUGUGCCUCUAACUGAAGCCUGAGAUUGUAUCUGCUUUUCUGUCGCUGUGUCACACUGCCUUCAUAUUUAGCUUUCAGUUCUCUACAGCCUUGGAUCUUGUUCAGACAAGUAUCAUCUAAGUCACAUUUUUCUCACCUUGUGCUUGUCAAGCUAAUUUUUUGAACCCAAUUGUAAGACUUUAUACUUAUCUCUAUUAAAUUUUUUAAUAGAUUUAUGAGAGGCAGUGUGACAUAAUGGAUAGAAAGUUGGCCUUGGCCAGGAAUAUCUAGGUUUAAGUCCUGCUUCUGACGCAUACUGGUUAUAUGGGCAAGUCACUUAACUUCUCAAUGCUCUAUAAAUUGCAGAGGCAGUAUCAACCCAUAUUACCAGAGGAAGUGAGUCGCCAGCAGUUCCAGUUCCUGUCCUUAAUAUAUUUGGCUCAUCAUAAUAGCUUUGUAGAAAUAUUUUGUUGCAGCCUGAUUAUUACCACCAAGUUAGCUAACUCCCAACUUUGUGUCAUUUACAAAUUUGGCAAGUAUGCCAUCUUUGCCUUCUAUUCAAGUCACUAAAAAUAAAAGUAAAAUAACAUGAGGCUAAGAAUGGAUCUGUGGUGCACUUCUGGAGAAUUCCUGAACAGUUACCUGUUAUUCUUUGCGUCUGGUCAUAAAACCAGUUCUGAAUUCACCUAACGGUACCAUUAACUAGUCUAUAUCUUUCCAUCUUCACCACAAGGUUAGCAUGAGAGGAUUCAUCAUAUGUUCUACUAGUCUAGAUAAACUAUGUAAUAGUUCAUUCAUCUAACAGUUUAGUACAUUCCUUAAAACAGGUAAACAAAACCACCUUAAUAGCAUAUUUGACAUGACCCAUUCUUGAUGGAGUCAUAGUAACUUAGUGAUCAUUUCCUGUUUUCUAGAUUAUGUGAUAAGAGUUUUACCAGGAAUUGGGUUAGUUCACCAACCUAUACUUUGCAGAUUUCCUUUCCCUCCCUCCUUUUCUUUCCUUCCAGAAAAUAGGGACAAAUCUGCCCUUUGUCAUCUUUCAGAAAAUGACUAAAAAUGACCCAGUAAUCCCAUCCUCCAGCUUUUUCAAUACCCUGGAACCUAGGUUAGCUAGAGCUGGUGACUUGAACUCAAGAAAAGUAGCUGGGUGCUCCCACUGUCUCUUUAUUUUGGAUUUUAACUUUGUAGUAACCAUUUUUUAGAUAUCCUUUCUGGUACAAGGAUUAUUCUUGGCCAAGAAAGCAAACAAAAUAAGAAUUAAAUCUGCCUUCUCCUUAUCAUCUCCAUAGAUUCCUUAUCAUGGUCCCUUACUGUGGUCCUAUCCCUUUUGUCCUUCCACUCAUCUCAUCAUAGUAAAUAAGAAACCCAAAACUUUUUUUUCCCUUAGCAUUCAACAACUUCAGCUCAUUCUGAACUUUAGGAUUCUUGACACUAUUCUUAUAAGAAUGUUAGUAUCUUUUGAUUCCACGUUCUAUACAUGUCCUUUCCACAAAUUUGUUGAUGUAUAGCCACAUCAUUCUCUUUAAACCAGCCCUUUUCUUCCUCACUGGAAUUGUUUAUAUCUUUAGGAUUUAAUACUUGGGAGCUGAGUUCCUCUAGAAUUUUAGACCAUGACAUCCCACCUAACCUUUCUAUCCUUUGGAGAUUUUAUGCCCUGAUUUCCCCUUCCAUUCUCACAAAUUCUAAAAUAGAAUAGUCAUUUCUCCUUAAGAUUCCUACUUCAGCAACCUUCAACUUCCUUUAUUGCCCAGGAUCAGAUCCAUUCUAAGAGUUCUCUUAAGUGUUCAGCCUUUUGGAAGAAUGAAAUUAUCACGUUCAUUGUUAUUAAGCCUUUUUGAGCUAACCAUGUUUCAGAAUACAAAUAGGGAGCAAAAAACCAGCAGGUGGACACUUCCAUGUCCAUAAGGCAUGAGUUUCAUCAUAAGGAAAAAGCAAUCAAGAGCAUGUCAUAGAGCUGUUGAUGAUUGCCCUUUAACUGGACAUGGAAAAUAGUACAGAAUUGCCAAGAUGGACAGUACUACAGCAUAGAAACCCUACACAUAGCAUGAGAAUCUGAACUGGAAAAACAACCGAAAGCUGUCACUGAAUUCUACAAGACUUCACAUUCUGCAAGAAUUCACUGAACACAACCAAGAAGUUGGAAACUAAAAACGACAGCUGAAAGUCAGGCACCAAAUAAGUUGAAUUUCUCUAGAGCUGCUUUUUCUAACAUCUAUUGUGGCUCUGUGACCUGGACCAAUUUCUCAAGCUGGGUUAGGGUUAGCUAAUUAAUGACAUUUGUGGGCAAUAUUGUCCGGAACCUGAGUUUAGCAGGACCAGAUCAUCAUUAACCAAGUCCAUGAAUGUCUCCAAUAUAAUAGUAGAAGGUAAUGCUUAACACAGCUGAGUUGGAUACUGAUGAACAGCAUACCUAGGUGGCAAAUUUAUAAAAUACCUGAAGUCAAGGAUUCAGGAAAAGGGGAAAGAAGAGAUACUUCAAGAAUCCAUGGAAGCAGAGCCUCCUGAAGUGUGGCAUAACUGUGGAUGAUUGACCAGUAACUACAGUUCACAGACCAAACUGAUAAUCCAGAAGGUCUGGAGUUGCUUUUUUUGAGCAAAGACUUUGGAUCAUCCUGUGUUCUAAGGGGCCAUAGCAAGAAGAGUAACAAGUUAAUCAGAAAUUUCAGCUGGACACAGAUUCCCAGUAUGGACAGUGUAGGAAGGACUUUAUAAUUCUCACAUUAGUCUUUGCAGCUACAUAGCUAUACCCUCAUCUUCAAAAAUUAAAUACUAUUAUCAUUAAGCCUAGUUAAUUUCCAUUUUGUUGAGACUUCUCACUAAAUUGGAUUUGUCCCACUGGCUCAGCAUUUGCCUCAGAUAUAACAAAACUCAUUAAGUGGGAGAAGAGCCACAUGGACAGAUGCUUUUUCUAAAAGUAUUGCUGACCUUAGUCACUGACUAAACCAGUGUCUUAGGGCAUUAGUUCAUCAAAUAUCACAUACUGUAAUAGUGUUGUUAAAAGGCUGGGGGACUCUCAGCACCAAAGUGUAAUUCUGGAGUAACUGUCAGUUUAUCCCUUUAAAGCACUAUAUAGUUAAAUAUUCAAUAAGGUUCUGUAUGUAGUUGGCCCCGUGAAAUUCUUUGAAGGGUUUUGGUUUAUGUUUUGCUCCAGUUCUACCAGGAAGAAGGAAAAGAAAAUCUUUGAUUUGCUAGUAGUUUGAAAUUGUGUUUUGCUUCCAGUCUGGCAGAAAGCUAGAAUUCAGGAAAUAUGCAAAACAUCUAGAUAUGUAGUGUACUUGUAUAUUUUGAUAAAUUAAUUAAGGGAACCUGCUAGAUGAAUAUAUACAGAGAGAGAAAUUUGAGAUGGGUGUUGAAGUUGAUACCUUAUAAUUCCUUCUGGAGAGAAAAACCCUUUAAAUGUGAAAAAUGUGGUAAGCAUCUGAGCCUUUGGACUGCUGCUAACCCUAUACAGUCUGUCAGAUUUUUUAAGUUUGCACCUCUCUUUACUAGAAAACAACUAUUUCAUCCAAAGAUAAUAGCAAUCAAGAUAAGCCACCUUUAGAAAACUAACAGCAGAAGCCUGAGAAAAGGCUACUUCUAAGAAGACUGUAUGUAUUGCAGUCCUUUCUUCCUUUGGUAUGAUAGAUUUAACUAGAUUGAACAAGGCUUUGGGAAAAAAAGAUGAGCUUGUAACAAAUAAUGUUACAAAGGUGAAAUAAAUACACAACUGAAAUUUAA